UCUGGCCCCUCCCUCUCCUCUUCUCCCUCUGCCUUAUAAGCCUGAGCGUGUGUGUAUCGAAGCUCCACUUUUGCUCUGAGCUGUACACAUCAUCUCCGUGGCAACAUGCUGUGGAACCUGCUCGCCCUGACCGCUGCUCUCACAUGUGUGAGUGCUGUUACCACGGUGACACAGAGCCCUGAUGUUCUGACUGUGAGGAGAGGAGAGACGGCCUCCAUGGACUGUAACCUGGGCCUUGUUAAUUCUGCCCGCUGGUACAAACAGAUUCCUGGAGGAGUACCUGUAUAUGUCCUGAGAAUGUUUCACAACUGGGACACUCCAAAAUAUGGUCCUGGGUUUUCAGCUCCUAAAUUCACAUCUAAUCAUCAGUCUCAAACAGAUUAUCGUUUGAUCAUCAAUAAUGUGGAUGGAGUGGAUUCUGCUGUUUAUUACUGUCAUACAUGGGAUGAUUCUGUUAAAGAGCACGUAUCACACACUGUGGUAUUCGGACAAGGCACCAAGCUCAUUGUGAACGAUGUGGCCCCUGCUCCUGUCCUGACUGUGCUCCCCCCCUCCCUCACACAGCUCCAGUCCAGCAGAGUCUCUCUGCUCUGUGUGUCUCAUCAGAGGGGGCCCUUUGCUCAGGUGACCUGGUUGGUUGAUGGGACUCCAGUGAACAGUGGGGUCUGGAGCAGCAGCGCUGUGCAACAACCAGACCAGAGCUUCUACAUGAGCAGCUCUCUGUCCAUCAACACAUGUGACUGGAGCACCCAUAAGGUGUACACAUGUAGGGUGUCUGUGGGCACCCACAGCUCAGAGAGGCACAUCAGCAAAACCCAGUGUUGAGUAGUCUGAGUAGUCCCAGGACCUGGACCUCUGAGUCCUCUCAUACAUGCUAACAUCUAUAAAAAAUAGUGUGCUUGUUGUUCUGUUCUGCCUUUGCAAUUAAUCAAAUUCAAAAUAAAUUCAAGAAUAAAAAAGAUAAGAAGUG